GCGCCAGCGACCGUUGGCGGCUCGUGUGGGGGCAGAAAUGGCGGGAAAAGCGGCUGCUUGCCUCCCCACCAACCUUAUUAACCUGCCUCUUUCGCAGCCGCUCCCAGUCCACCGCCCGCCUGGCCGGGGCCGAGCGCGUCGGCUAGGCGGGUAGUCUCCCCUUCCCGUCUGUGGCUGGCGCGCAGGCUGCCUUGCCCGGCUGGAGCCACCAUGGUGAAGGGGCACUGAGAGAUCCCCAGAGCGACUGACGUGCCAGUCAGGCCUUGUGUCUGUCUGGUCUGCAGCAGCGGCUCCCCCCAGCCACCAUGAUGCAGCGCCCCAUCACGUCAUUUUUCCAGCCCAUGAAAGGGACAAAGGCUGAAAAGGAGACGGAGAAGAUCAGACUACCAGCAGAGGAGGACUCAACCGACCAAGUAUCAGAGGCAGCCACAGUGCAGAGAAAUGGCCUGAGCCUCCAUGUGGACUCCCCAGUGAAAUCUGCCAAGAGGCCCCUGCGCCGAUUCUUGGAGAGUGACAGUGAUGAGGAAGUGGUCAUGGAGGAAGCUCAAGCAGAGAAGGAGCCCAAGCAGGACAAAAGCCCCAAGAAAACCAGCAAUAAGCAGGAGCAUGUGCAAACUCCUCAGUCUGAUCUCUCCAUGGAUAGUCCCUCGCCAAGCAGCAGCCACUCGGCUGGAGAUAGCCCAGCACUUUCUGACUCCCCUGCUGUUGGCAAUGCUGACAUCCCCAAACGCAGAACAGCUCGCAAACAGAUCCCCAAACGCAAAAUGGAGCUGACAAUCAGUAGAGAGAACAACAGCCAUGAGGAGCCAACUGCCAAGAGAUGGCGAGAGCAACAAGGUCCAGGAGAUGAGGCAGGCAGGGGAGCAAAGAAAGAGAAAGAUGUGGAAAUGCAAGAGGUGAAAGAUCAGCAUUCUGAGAUGGAAAUGGCUGAAGAUAAUGGCACUUUGAAAGAGGUGGCUGUGAACAAGGGAGAAGACAGAGGUGAAGGGGGAAUCCAGAAGCAGCCCGAACCACCCCAGACCACCAGAGCCAUCUCCAGCUUCUUUGCCCCCAAGAAGGCGCCAGUGGAAAAGGAAGGAAAGGAAGAUAAACAUGCAGCAGUGGAGCCACCAUCUGUCCCAACUAGCUCAACGACAGCAAGCAGUGAUGGGAAUGAUGGCAGAGCUGGCAGUUUCUCCAAGCUAGCUGUGCCAGUGGACCCCAUGGAGUACAAUCCUUCGAAGAGCAGCUACAAUCCAUUCCAGGAUGCCUGCUGGGGGCAUGGUCAGAGGGUCCCCUACCUGGCUGUGGCUCGGACCUUUGAGCGGAUCGAGGAGGUUUCUGCCCGACUGAAGAACAUUGAGACCCUGAGCAACCUCUUCCGCUCAGUGAUCGCCCUGUCGCCGUCCGACAUCCUGCCCUGCAUCUACCUCUGUCUUAACCGCCUGGGCCCUGCCUACAAGGGUCUGGAGCUGGGCAUUGGCGAGACCAUCCUCAUGAAGGCUGUUGCACAGGCAACAGGCCGCCAGCUGGAUCAGAUCAAAGCCGAGGCCCAGGAAAAGGGGGAUCUGGGCUUGGUAGCGGAGAGCAGCCGUAGCAACCAACGCACCAUGUUCACGCCGCCCAAGCUGAGUGCUGCCGGGGUCUUCAGCAAGCUACAGGAGAUUGCCAGGAUGACAGGAAGUGCUUCAAUGAACAAGAAGAUUGACAUCAUCAAAGGGCUGUUUGUGGCCUGCCGGCACUCGGAAGCUCGCUACAUCACUCGGUCCCUGGGUGGGAAGCUUAGGAUUGGGCUGGCGGAGCAGUCAGUGCUGUCAGCCAUUGCCCAUGCUGUGUCUCUCACUCCCCCAGGACAAGCAUUUCCCCCAGAGGUGCUGGAUGCUGGCCAGGGCAAAUCUGCAGAGGCACGCAAAGCCUGGCUGGAGGAGCAGACUCAGACCCUCAAACAGACUUUCUGUGAGCUGCCUAACUAUGACAUCAUAGUGCCUGUCCUGCUGGAGCAUGGAGUGCAGAGCCUGCCACAGCACUGCAAGAUCACCCCAGGGAUCCCGCUGAAACCCAUGCUGGCCCAGCCCACCAAGGGUAUUGGGGAGGUGCUGAAGCGAUUUGAGGAGGCUGCCUUCACCUGCGAGUACAAGUAUGAUGGAGAGCGAGCCCAGAUCCACAUCCUGGAGAAUGGAGAUGUGCACAUCUACAGCCGCAACCAGGAGGACAAUACCUCCAAAUACCCGGACAUCAUCAGCCGCAUCCCCAAGGUGAAGAAGGGCAAUGUGCGGUCAUGUAUCCUGGACGCUGAGGCUGUGGCCUGGGAUGCUGAGAAGAGGCAGAUUCAACCCUUCCAGGUCCUUACCACACGGAAGCGAAAGGACGUGGAAGCUGCUGAGAUCAAAGUACAGGUGUGUCUGUACGCCUUUGACAUGCUGUACCUCAAUGGAGAGUCCCUGGUGAAGGAGCCGUUCUCCAAGCGCCGUCAGCUGCUGCAUGAGUCUUUUGUGGAGAUGGAGGGGGAGUUCUUAUUUGCCACCUCCAUGGACACAUGCAGCAUGGAUGAGAUCUCUGAAUUUCUUGACCAGUCCAUCAAGGACUCCUGCGAGGGCCUCAUGGUCAAGACGCUGGAUGUGGAUGCCACUUACGAGAUUGCCAAAAGAUCCCACAAAUGGCUGAAGCUGAAGAAGGAUUACCUGGAAGGUGUUGGUGACACACUGGACUUGGUAGUGAUUGGUGCCUAUCUGGGCAAGGGCAAGCGAGCAGGCAUGUAUGGUGGCUUUCUGCUGGCGUGCUAUGACGAGGAGACUGAGGAGUACCAGAGCAUCUGUAAGCUUGGGACUGGUUUCACAGAGGAGAGCCUGGAGAAACAUUACAGCUUUCUGAAGGACCAUGUGCUGGAGAAACCACGGCCCUAUUACCGCUGGGACAGCAGCAUUGAGCCCAACCAUUGGCUGGCAGCAGUGCAGGUGUGGGAAGUGAAGUGUGCUGACCUGUCCAUCUCACCUGUGCACAAGGCAGCCAUAGGCCUGGUGGAUGAGGAGAAGGGCAUCUCCCUGCGCUUUCCCCGGUUCCUGCGUGUGCGUGAUGACAAGAAGCCUGAGGAAGCCACCACCAGCUCCCAGGUGGCUGAACUCUACAAACUGCAGCAGCAGAUUCAGAACCAACAGUCAGUGGAGAAGACUGAGGAUGAGGACUUCUACUAGUGCUCGUGUGAGUUUCCCAAGGGAGGGUAGGAAGCAGGAUGGAUUAGAUCCUUGUGAUUGCCAGCACAUGGAUGAAUGUGUGUGCCAGAGCCUUCCUGCUGCCUCCUCUGUACCUGGCCCAAGGCCUAGAGUUCUUGCUUUCCUGCCCCAGGUGCACUGAGCCCUGAAGCAAGGGAGAUAUUAGCCUGAGGCAUCUGUUCAGUUGUAAUGAGCAUUGUGGUGUACAAUAAACCUUCAUUUCCUUCUUA